AUGGCGGCAGCUCGGCUCGUCCGCAACCCGGUUCUGUUGCUCUGCCCGGCCUGCUGGCUCUCGUUCUGGUGCCUCACAGUCCUGCGGUUUCGGAUGCCAUCGCGGCUUUGGUCUCGCCGCUCGAUACUAGCGAGACAGCGACGGGGGCGGAGCGCGCUGCCGCAGGGACGGGCGCGCGGCGGGCGGGGCGCGGAUGCGGUCCCAGCUCCCCGGUGCCGCCGGUCUCCCGGUGUUCGAGUCCGGCGGCGUCGGGCGCCGGUUCCUGCCCGAUCGCAUCCCCGUCCGCCUACCGGGCGGCGAACGAGGCCCGCAGUCUUCCAGGUAGCCCCAGUGGCCCCCCUGGACCACUGGGUCCUGGCCUGCGUGGCCGCCGCCAUCAGUUCCUGCUGUGAUCACCUGGAGACCUGCAGUUCCAGGGAGCCGCAGGGGUCGUGCAGAGCUUCUGGCUCCGGAGCUUCUGUGAUGUUUAUGUGGGCAGCAGGCAGAGCUGAAGGCACGCCUCACCCACUUUCGGUGAUCAGCUCCCCUUGGUGCCGGCUGGCGCCAGGCGAUCGAUUGGGUUCCCGAGACCGUCCAGGAGACAGACGAGUGGCGGACCAGAGGGGUCCAUGAAGAGUCCACAGGGAAGGACCACUGGAAAUCUCACCAGUGAGUAAAAUGGGAUCUUCAGGGAGCAAACCUGAGAGGGCACCCAUGGAGGGUAGCACAGGUACACCUGGGAGGGCACCCACGAGGGUAGCAAAGGUAAAACCGGGAAGGAGCCCUGCCAAAAGGGAUGAUGGUCCUAAAAUAUCCCUUUUAGAAUCCCUGGAAGAAUGUGGAGUUGGUUUACACAUACUUCCAGGGGUAAUUAAGGAUAUAGAUGCCCAAGAUGUGCAAUAAGGGUAGUCGAGAAGGGGUCUCGACAAUCCGUGCCCUGUGGGGCAAUAAGGGCAGUCGAGAAGGGGUUUUGACAACAGCAGGUGGAUGGAUAAUGUUUGUGUGUUGGAACAGUAUUGGUUGAAAGGGAGUGUGCAGAGAUAUGGGUGAAGCAAUGAGCAGGACCGGGAAUGGAGGUACGGGCCCAGGAGCAUGGCUGGGGGCUUGUAGGGGCUGUGGGGCUGUGGGGCUGCGGGGACUCAGCGCUGGGCAGUGCCUGACCCCGCCACCCCCAAGGAGGGACGGCAGUGGUGGCUGCUGGCCCCGUGAGGCUGCGGGAUGCCCUGGCCCUGUGAUGCCCCGGCCCUGUGAGGCUGCCGGCCGUGCCCGCUGGGAGCAUCGGUGAGGGAGGAGCUGUGUUUGGACUGUGACAGGACAGGGACUGGCUCUGGUAAACAGUGUGUGAUAAAGACAGAAAGAACAAGCAUAAAGGAAUAUCCGAGAAAGGCAAUUGUAUGUAAAAAGAUUAGGAUUCUUUUUAAGAAUUUUGUGAGUUUUGCUAGAAAAUAAAGGUAAUACGGGGAAGGCCGUGAAAGUUUGCUGAAUGUAUGAGAUGGGUUUGAAAAGCAUGACUUUCUGAUUUCUCAUCGUGAUAGUGACUUACUGGAAGAUAUUUAAAACAGUAUUUUGCCUUUGAGUGAGAACAGGUGGAAGGAAAAAGGAGGGAAAAUGAUAAAGCAACAAUUGACAUGGACAGUACUCCCUCAGGGAUAUACUGAACCACCGGUUUUGUUUGGGCAAGCUUUGCAGAAAAUACUAAGAGAGUUUACUCCACCCUCAGGAGUUAAGUUGUUGCAGUAUGUGAAUAAGGGGAACAGGAAAAGGUGGUUGAAGAAGCUACUGUAAAGCUGCUUAAUUUUCUUGCAAAAAAGGGGACUUAAAGUGUCCGAAAAGAAAGCGCAGUUAGUAGAAAGGAAGGUCAAAUAUUUGGGACACAUUCUGACAGAAGUGUGACGGUGUAUUGAUCCAAAAAGAAUACAAGGCCCCUCCCCUCCCAGAAUUCCCAAUGGGACUCCCCCCGGACCCCCUCCCCACCCUCCCUGGGAACCCUCAGGGACCCUCACGGGCUCCCCGUGGGGGCAAUAAAAGCUCAAAGCAGUGACAAAACCGCGUCUGCUGUGUGUCCAGUGCCUGCACUGGGAGAACUGGGAGGGACACGGGGACAUUGGAAGGCACACUGGGGGCGCAGGGAGGGGACCGGGACUCCUGGGAAUGAUGCUGCCAUUGAGAAGGACACAAAAAAACCUCGGAGUCAUUCCAGCGCUGCGGGACACUCCACAAACCGUGGGGACACGGCCCAGGGCCCCCUGGGGGAUGGAUUUGCCCCUGAACCACCCGGGGUGUGACACUUGGGGCGAUGGCGACUCGGACCAGCCCCAGGUGUGGGCAGUGACCAGCAGGAAGGGGCGGGCAGUGCUGGGGGCUGG